AUGUCUUCCCCCAACCCUGAGGAUGUGCCCCAGAGGCCAGAGCCUGAGCCUUCAAGCUCCAAUAAGACAAAGAAGAAAAGAAAGUGGCUGUGGCAAGAAGCGAGCAUCCAAGCCCUCACCAGGGCUGGCCACGGGGCCCUUCAGGCUGGCCGGAACCAUGAAGCCUUGAACAACUUCCAGAGGGCCUUCCUUCUGGCCUCCAAGACCCCACAAACUGGGGACACCCCAGUGCUCCGGGCCUGUGCCUUCAACCUGGGGGCUGCCUAUGUGGAGACUGGGGACCCAGCCAGAGGCCUUGAGCUGCUCCUGCGAGCCCACCCUGAAGAGAAGGCACAGGGCAGGCGUCAUGGAGACCAGUGUUUCAAUGUGGCUUUGGCCUACCAUGCCCUUGGCGAGCUGCCUCAAGCUUUGGCCUGGUAUCACAGGGCCCUGGGCCACUACCAGCCACAGGGUGACCAGGGAGAAGCCUGGGCAAAAAUGGGAGCCUGCUACCAGGCUCUGGGACAGCCUGAGCUAGCAGCCCACUGCCUGCAGGAAGCAAGCCGGGCCUAUGUCCAAGAGAGGCAGCUGCAGGCCGCAGCCCUGGCAUUGGGGGCUGCGGCAGGAUGUAUGCUGAAGAGUGGGGGGCAUCGGGUAGGGGAAGUUGUGCAGGUGCUGGAGAAAAGCCGGAGGCUUGCCGAGAGGAGCACUGAGAGGGGACUGCUGGGGCACCUCUAUAAUGACCUAGGCCUGGGCUACUCCCAGCUCCGGCUGUUUCCGCUGGCUGUGGAGGCCUUCCUGCAGGCCCUUCCUCUGUGCUGGGUGCCAGGAGAGCAGGCCACAGUGCUAAGAAACCUCGGGAUGGCCCACAACGCCCUUGGCAACUAUCAGGAAGCUCAGGAGUUUCACCAGAAGGCUGCUGACCUGCACGGCUCUGUGGGGCAGCGGUGGGAGCAGGGCCGGAGCUUUGGCAGCCUGGCCUUUGCAUUGAGCCAGCUGGGGGACCACAAGGCUGCCAGAGACAACUACCUGCAUGCCCUGCAGGCUGCCCGUGACUCUGGGGACAUGAAGGGACAGUGGCAGGCCUGUGAGGGUCUAGGGGCUGCUGCAGCCAGGCUGGGGCAGUAUGACCAGGCCUUGAAGUACUAUAAGGAAGCACUGGCCCAGUGUCAGAAGGAGCCAGAUUCUGUGCGAGAACGGCUGGUGGCCAAGCUGGCAGACACCGUGAGGACGCACUUGGCCCAGGUGGGGCUGGUCACACCCUGUCCCUCUACUCCGCUUCAUUCCCAGACCUCGGCUCCGGGAAGACUCCAGGCUCCAGGUGGGGCCAGCCAGGUGGAGGGGACCCCAGCAAAGGCAGGAAGCAGUGCAGCAGGUGCUCAGCACAGAUCUUCCAGUGGGUGGGAAGAUGAAGAGUUUGAGGAGGGCCACCAGGAGAAAAAAGAGGAGAGGUCGGCAAAUGUUCCCAUGAGGGCUGGGCCAGGGAAACUGGAGCUGUGUUUCCUUCCAGGCACAGUGAAUCAUUCCCACCAUCUAGCUUCUAGUUGCCUGUUUACCAAGUACAUGCCCUGCAGUGGGAUAGUCCUCGGCAAAGCCUCCAAGUAUAGUCCAGGACCCAGGGCCCAUUUUCCAUUUGUAGGUCGAGGCCCUCCCAGAGCGGAGUACCCUAGCAUCCUGGUACCCAAUGGCCCUCAAGUCAAUAGGUCAUCCAAGUGGCCCAGGGAAAGCCUCAGCAGGAGCUGCCAGAGGAGACCCAUGGAGUCAGGCAUCUGCACUAUCGUGUGACCUCCCCCUGCCGGCCGCAGCCCUCAUCUCUGAAGCACCUGCCCAACACGCACAUGCUAGGGGGUCCUGGGGACCAAGCCUCUUCCCAGUUGCUCAGCUCUGCAGGGAUGCGGAACACAAUGCAGCUAGUGGACUCCUGAGGAGGCUGGGCAAGGGCUUUUUGCAGGCUUGGCCCUGAGAGGUUCUGUUUGUUCUUCCUUGGGAUUUUUGGACUCAGUAGGUAAAAUAAAAAAGGAAAAUGGAUGGCAAAUUCCCUUUGUCUUUCUGGAUCCAAAUCUUAUGAUUGCUAGGGGCCUGGGAGUUCUAAAAACUGACUUCGUGGUCAAGUAGCUUUGGAGUCACUGACUGUCUCCAGACCUCCAUUUUUGCCUAUGGGAAAUGAGGAUAUAAUACUACA